GAUUGAAAAUUGUGUAUAUUUGUACAUCUGAACUUGACCAUUUGGUGCCCACGCGCAGGCAGCUAUAGACUUGGCGGGCGCGCCACGCUCAGAGAUGGGCCGACCAAGUCAAUAGCCAGCAGUGAUCGUGGUUGGCAGCUUCAAAUCGCGCGCUCACCAACCUCACAAUCAAAAUUUCACAUCACCGUUAAUUUCACACACCGGCUGAUUCGAUUCUUUCCCAUGGCGCGCCGCGGCGGCCGGCGCGCGGACAAGGCUAGUAACUGCGGCAGCGCGCCGAGGAAGGCGAAGGCCGUCCCCGCCGCGGCGACGUCCGUGGACGACGUCCCCGACCACCUCCUCGAGGACAUCCUCCUCCGCCUCGGCCCCUCCUCCGCCUGCCUCGUCCGCGCGGCGUACGCGUGCAAGCGGUGGCGCCGCGUCGUCACUGCCGCGGGCUUCCUCGACGCCUUCCGCGCGCUCCACGGCGCGCACCACCACCGCGUCGCCGGGUACUACCACACCGUCGACGCCUACUACGCGCCGGCGCUGCCCGGCGGCGAGAGCUCCGUCUUCGUCCCGUCCUCGUCAUCGCUCGCCGGCGUCGACGGCCGCCUGUGGUUCUCGCUAGAUUUUCUCCCGGCGAGCGACGACUUCUCCUGGGAGCUCGCCGACAGCCGCGGCGGCCUACUGCUCCUCUCCAAGAAGAGGAGGACACACACACGCAGCGGCUAUGCAGCAGAAGGCGACUUCUUCUUCACUGACCUCAUCGUCUGCGAGCCCCUGACGCGGCGCUACCAGGGUAUCCUUUGUCCGGCCGACUUCACUGGAUAUCGAUGCAUCGGCGUCUUCUUGCUCGACGGCGGCGAUGACGGCGGCGGUGACAUCAGCCUGUCCAACUUCAGGGUCCUCUGCGCGCUCUACGAUCUCUACUGGUUAAACAAUCGGCACAUUGGCGUGCAAUCCGCCUGCGUGUUCUCGUCAGGCAGACAUGGCGGCGGGUGGCGGCUACCGAAGAGCGCCGUCGCGGAUGACAUCCAGCUCACAGCAAGGUUCAACGCCAUGAGCUUCGUGGGGCGCGCCGGUGGCUGCUUCUACUGGGGAAUCGACGACGACGACGACGAAGACGACGGCGCCAUGCUCGUCCUCGACGAGACCACCACGGAGUUCUCGCUGGUGACGUUCCCGGACAUCAUCCGGGAGAACUACCACAUGACGACGUUCCGGAUCAUCGCCGGCGGCGACGGCGCCAUGCGUGUUCUCCGCGUGAUAGGCAACGACCUCAAGGUGUUCACGCAGCUGGCGGGUAGCGGCGUUGAGUGGGUGCUGGAGAAGCUGGUGCGGUUGCCGGAGGCGACGCGGGGAUUGCCGGGGCACGAGGAGAGGUACUUCGAGCAGAACGAAGCCAUGAUCGUCGCGGCGGACGCGGCGUACGUGCUCCUGACGCCGUCGGUGGAGAAGACGUGGCUCUUCUCCGUCGAGCUGGAGACGAUGACGGUGGAGCGCCACCAUGAGAGGAACAAGUACGCGGGGGUGGCUUACCCGUACGAGUUGCCUUUGCUGCGGGCUUUGCACGCGGGCGGCAGAUAUCGAUGAGAACAACGACUUGGCAACUUGGCGUUGGACGAUGAUAUGGAAUGACAUUGUUUGGUUUGAUAUCAACUGUUCGUGCACGAUCGAUUCAUCGGCUGCACUCCGUGUGGAGGUGACGUAUAUUUAAUAUUUGUACAGCUGACCUCAGGCGGAGUGACAUCUUGAACGUGUCAGGACAUUUGCUCACUGGCCUAGAACAAACUUGCAGCAGCUAGCGGGUCGGCUUGACCUAGCCGCCUAGGAAAAUCAACUUUCAAUAGCGGUUGAAUGAAAGCCCAGUUGUGAAAA